UCUCCUCCGGCUCUGCCAUGCGUGUUUUAGAAAAGUGAUAAUGUUGCUGCUUAUUAAGAAGCCAAAAGAGGAAAAUUAACCCGCUUCUGGUUCCUUGCUCAGCGCUAAAGAUAGAGGAAGAAGUUUCCACAGCAGGACGGAAGAUGUGUCAGGCUCGUUGACAAAAGUAGAGUAGAAUAAUAAAGCAAUACUAGGAGGCGGUGUGGUAAAAGUAAAGUGUCGCCAUGGCUCUGUACAUGAAAGCAGCUGAGAUCCUGGAGAAAGCGGAGAACAAGCAGGGCGCUCUGAAGACUCUGGUGUACGAAAGUAAGUUUGGGAACAUAAAGCAGCUGUUUGCUUUAGUUUGUGAGACGCAGAAGUUUUCCGCCGUGCUGCAGGAGAUCAUCGAAUCCACCAAGCUGCUCAAAAAUGCCAAGCUGAAGAUGCCCCUGGCCAAAGUGCUGGCCUACGACCUGCUGAUAGGUCGGGGUCUGAAGUGCGGCGGUUCCUGGAAGGCAGUCAUGAUGAAGCACCGCUCCAGGAUGCAGGCUGCGCUUGCUCGCAUGAAAGUGAAGCAGAAGGUCAGCAGGAACGAUGGUCUGCUCCAUGCUGACGUACUGCAGUCCGCUGGGGACCAGCUGCCCAGGUAUGUGCGUGUCAACACCGUGAUGACCACCGUGGAGGAUGCUGUGGACUACCUGAAGAGGGAUGGCUUCUCCUACCUGGGACAGGCCUGCAGAAUAGAUGACUUGACCCUGCAGAGGAAACACUUUGUGAUGGACCUACACCUGCCCGAGGUGCUGGUCUUCUCUCCUAAAACAGACUUCCAUGACCACUUCCUGUACAAAGCCGGCCACAUCAUUCUGCAGGACAAGGCCAGCUGCCUCCCCGCCUAUCUCCUCAACCCCCCGCCCGGCAGCCAUGUCAUCGACGCCUGUGCCGCCCCCGGCAACAAAACCAGCCACCUUGCAGCCAAAAUGACGAACAAAGGCAAGCUGUUUGCCUUUGAUUUGGAUGCCAAGCGACUGAGCACCAUGUCAACCCUCUUGCUUAGAGCAGGAAUCACCUGUCAGCAGCUGGCCAACCAGGACUUCCUGAAGGUGGACCCUGACAGCCCACAGUAUAAAGAUGUUGAGUACGUCCUGCUGGAUCCCUCCUGCAGUGGAUCAGGUAUGGUGUGUCUGCGGGACAACACCUCCUCUGCAGAACAGGAGGCCAAUCCAGCUCGUUUGGCCUCCUUAGCCUCCUUCCAGCUGCGUUGCCUGAAUCACGGCCUCAAGUUCCCCCGCCUGAAGCGCCUGGUCUAUUCCACCUGUUCAAUCCACAGCCAGGAGAACGAGGACGUCGUCAGCGCCUGUCUUCAGCAGAACCCGGGCUUCAGACUGGUUUCUCUGCUGCCUCAGUGGCCUGAGCGAGGUCUGGAGCCGCUCACUCAGUGUCUGCGUGCCAGCACCGCCAAGACCCGCACACACGGCUUCUUUGUGGCUCUGCUGGAGAAACACACUGACACUGUGAACCUGAAGCAGGAACCAGCCAUCCAGAUAAGGAUAAGCGAUGUAAAAUGAGACUGCUGCAGCAAGUUGUCUGGAGGGAUUGCUCUACGACAGGAGGUUUUUCACAGCAGACAUUGUGACUGAUGGUCACAGGUGUUAUUAAUAAUGUAAACGAUCGCUCCGUUCUAUGUCUGUGUGAAAUAACCUUAUGGAGAUAUGUGGGGAAUG